CACCGAUCUUUAAGGCAACCCUUCUCCUCACGAAUCGAAUCGAAACCGAGCAAUGGAGAUCUCCGGCGGUGUUCUCCAGCGAAGUCCGGCCGUGUCCGGCUUUCGGGCCCUUCGAGAUUCCGGCAGCAUGCCCCCCUCCGGCCCAUCGUCGGCGGGGUUCGGGAGAAGGGCGAGGGUUUCAGUUCGAACUGCCGGGGUCGCCGUCGGCGGAGGGAGAGGAGUGUUCUCCGACGUGGGACACCUCAAGUACUACGCGUCUCCGGUAAGGUGCGGUGGGGGGAGGAGCGAGAAGGAGGAGAAGAAAAGGGCGAAGUUGGUGAAGGGGCUGUCGAGGGGUCUGGCCGAUCUGUGGACGGUGGGAAUCGGCGCCGACUCCGGCGACGGCGACGGGAUCGCCGGAGAUGUCAAGGGGAAGAUGAUCGCGGAGGCAGCACAACUUUUGCUGGUAGAAUUGACACGGUUGAGAGCCCAAGAGAAGGAUUCCAAGAGAAAGCGAAAGGAAGCCAAGGCCGCGGCGAAGGCCGCUAGGAAGAAGGAUGAAUCCUCCUUGAGCUCUUCUUCCUCCGAAUCGAGCGACGGCGAAUGCCACGAGGUUGUCCGGAUGAGCAACCUCAGAGCUCAAGCUGUCCGAGAACCCGAUUCAGCGAACCUACCCAUUGCUGUUGUAGCCCCGGAGUCUGAGACGGGAGCGGUAGAGCAUCACAUUGAACCGAAGCCUGCACAGGAAUGCAGCAGCACCAGCAACGGCUCCGGUUUAUCCUUGGGUUGCUCCGUUGAGAAGCCCACGAAGAACAAGAUCGAAGUGUGCAUGGGAGGCAAGUGCAGGAGAUCCGGUGGACCGGAGCUGAUGCAGGAAUUGAGUAGGAAGAUUGGCGUGGAAGGAGCUGUUGUUGGGUGCAAGUGCAUGGGCAAGUGCAGGGACGGGCCUAAUGUCCGAGUCCUGAAUCAGAGUAACGGCAAUGCCAGCGUUCCCAAGAAUCCAUUGUGUCUCGGCGUCAGCAUUGAUGAUGUGGGCGCCAUCGUGGCCAAUUUCCUUGGGGAGAAGGAUAGCAGCUGCCUCAUGGCAGUCUACAAUUGAUUUAAGUUGUACAUACUAGUGUGAUAAGCGAUCCAUUAUUUUAUUUAUUUAUUUAUUUAUUUAUUUAUUUAUUUAUUUUCAUGAUGCAUAAUAUUUUAAGCAGGAUUGGUGUUGUUUCA